AUGCAUGGGGUCAGCUGGAAGGUAUUUUGGUUCAUUCCGCUUGUGGCAAUCGUCUGGGAUGCAUCCGUUGUCCGUGCCCAUAACGUAAGGGGCGUGGCACCUGAAGAUCAGCAUUUAUACCAAGGACUUGCGCAUAACCAGACUCAGUGGACAUGUCUAAAUGACAGCUCAAUUGUACUCAGCGUGAACCAGAUUAACGACGAUUACUGCGACUGUCCGGACGGCUCCGAUGAGCCCGGUACUGGAGCAUGUGGUAGUCGUUCCCGCUUCUUUUGCCGGAAUGAAGGGUUUAUUCCCCGGUAUAUUGCAGGCUACAAGGUUGAGGAUGGAUUGUGUGACUGCUGUGAUUGCUCGGACGAAGUAUCGCCCGAGCCACAUCUACGGGGAGCGACCUGCAGCGAACUAGCGCGAGAAUAUGACUCUCUUUUGGCACAGGAACUGGCUACAUACGAACAGGGCCGUGACGCCCUAGUGCAAAUGCGUCAACAUUACGGAGUUGAUAGCAUCACUUCGGAGUCCACAGCUGAGAGGGCGAACAAGCUGGCGGAAGAACUGUCUGCUGUGGUACGGGAAAUUGAACAGCAGAAAGACACGCUUGCCAACGUAUUAAAACUCUACGAAUCUAAAUUGGCGCAGGAUAACCCAACUGCGAGCAAAUUCAACAAGCUGGAUAUCAAAUAUGUGACAGACGCGGUUGGUGAGGUUUUCGCUAACUCUGAGCGUCUUGCUAGGGCCCAUAAGGAACUACGCCACAUACUAGACACCCUGGUUACGACAUACAAUCCUAAGUUGCGGGACAAUUUCGUGAACAGAAAUAUGGAAAAAUACAUUGACUACUCAGAUACCGAAACCGGGAGGAAUAGAUACGAGCCCCGGCUCGUCACCAUGCAGGGCAGCCAACUACGGGAGUACUUUGGCUCUGAGUUGGAAGAAUUAUUCCUUGAUGGGAAGGCCACCGCUACCCCCAUCAAGGACGUAAUCCCCAAGUUCCAUGUUGCACGUGGCAUGGUCUUAACCAAGAUCAGCGAUAAAGACAAUAUUCUGGCGGCAGUGGCUCAUCUGCGCGGGAUCAUGGAUGAGAUUAGUGCGAAGUACAAUGUCAACUUUCAGGACUCUGGCGUGAUAGCUGCUGUCAGGGACUACAGGCGCUACCAGGAGAGGUACCCUACUCAAUCGUUGGACUACGAAAUACCUGCUCGUUUGGUCGAGGAGCUAGACACCAUUGGCAGGUUUGUGGUUACUGAAACGGAGAACCUCGAGAAGCCAGACAGCCUGGGUGGUUUGUGGGGCCACUUAAGCAACAUCAGAGACUACAUCGCUCCAUCUAGCAGCUACAGCGGCCUCAAAACCCAAAUUGCAUCACUUGAACAGACGCUCAAGAACCUAGGCCAAAAACGCGACAGCCUCGAGCGCCAGUGGAAGUCUGCAAAACAGGAGAUGGAGUCCCAGCACACCUACACCCACGAAGAGCUGCUCUUGAAGGACACGGAGCAGCUUUUGCAAAAACUCGACGACUUCUGCAUCUCCAGCAAGUUUGACGAGUACACGUACCACAUUUGCUUCAACCCGGACACUGGCCGCAUCCUCCAGGUACAGGACCGCGACCGCUCAGUGGUACUGGUGGGCCACUUCAAGGACUUCAAGCUCGUCAGCCAGCGUGCACGCGAUGCCUACAUCAACCAGCUGCAGACUCGGGCUACCGACGUGGACCUCAUCGGUCACCUGAGCAACUACUCCCCGGGCGCUGGUCAUGACCUGCUGCUCGGAAACCUCCCAGAUAUCCACAACGGCCUUCUACUUUCCUAUGGCAACGGCCACAAGUGCUGGAAUGGCCCCUACCGGUCGGCAGAGGUGUUCGUGCUCUGCGGACCCGAGUACAAGCUCACUGCUGUCCACGAACCCUCUACAUGCCAGUACCUCUUUGAGCUCAGUGGGCCACUUGGCUGCGCCUUGGACUUUGCCUACAGCAAACCCACCUAG